AUGAGGACAUCUGCGAUACUCGCGACGGCAAAGACGGCGACGACGACAACGACUUAUAUCGCUUCUUCAAGAUGCCGAAGUCGAAGUAUUUGCGUCGGCUUCGCUGCCACGUCGUCGUCGGGGAAAACAAGAAGACAAAGAAGAAAAUCAACGCGCUUUACUAAAGGCGUUUGGGAAACGAAAGCGCUCCUCUCGGAAGAAGAAAACCAAACGCAAAUUGCCUCGUGUAAGAAAUACGUCUCCGAUUUGACGCAGAUGAACAUGAAACUCCCGUUAAUACGUCGAUACGUGGCAGGAGCGAAGAACGAUUUGAAAUUGUUGCAAAGCUUUCAAGAUAUGCUGGCGGAGAAGAGGUUGCAGGAGGAGAACGAAGACGAGGAGAAACGCAGGGAGAAAGUUUUGUUGAUGCUGAACGAUUUGAGGUUAGAUAAAGCGGAAGAGGAACAAUUUUGGUUAGAGCGAGGGGAGGACAGAGUGACGAGUUCGUUGACGGAUAACGCGGUUGGAUUGACUGAGGACGAUAAGGUGGAAGUGAGUCGGAUGUUGGCGACGGGGACGAUGUUCGCCGUGCAAGGCGCGGUGUGGAACGCGAUUUUGUUGUUGUUGACGGUGGCGGGUAUUUUGUUGUUCGUGGGGAGAGGCGACGUGAACGUGGCGACGCCAGGGGCGACUGGUGCGAUUGGAUACUAA